AUGACUGACGCCCCUCUCAAAGUAGCUAUCCUUAUCGUCUCGACGACAGCGUCCAAGGACCCUUCAACAGAUAAGUCGGAACUCGUCCUUAGAGAUGUCAUCGAAAAUGAGGGUAGUGGAAAGUGGAAAGUCACAGAGACCAAGAUCGUACAAGACCAUGUUCCCCAGAUCCAACGCCAGAUCAUGCUCUGGGCAGACCUAGGUCCCAUCGAAGGAGUCAACUUGAUCCUGACCACGGGAGGAACUGGUUUCGCAGUAUCAGACAACACGCCCGAGGCUGUCGCAACACUCCUCCACAGGACCGCCCCAGGUCUAGUCCACGCAAUGCUGGCUUCGUCCCUGGCUGUGACUCCAUUCGCCAUGAUGUCUAGGCCGGUUGCAGGCACUCGCAAUACUACCGUCAUCGUCACGCUCCCUGGGUCUCCCAAAGGCGCCAAGGAGAACUUGCAAGCCAUCCUGAAGACGUUGCCUCACGCAUGUGUCCAGGCCGCCGGCGCCGAUUCCAGAAUCCUUCACGAAGGCGGGGUGAAGAAGCUUGAAUCAGAUGCUGGCAUUGGCCCAGAUGCCGCCGCCGCCGCCGCCGCCGCAUCAAGCCCUCCACAAGCUCACUCUCACGACCACUCUCACGACCACAGCCACGGCCAUAACCACGGGCAUUCCCAUAGUCAUGCUUCUGGUCACGGGCACGGACAUGGACACGGAGCUCUCGUCAGACACACGAAGCCAGGUGACAAUCCCUUAUCUAAUGACCCCAGUCUUGGCCCCUCGCGCAGAUACAGAGAGUCACCUUACCCCAUGCUGGAGGUGGGCGAUGCUCUGCGGCUCAUAAAGGACUUUACCCCCGAGCCCGAGGUCGUAACCUCUAAAGUCGACGUCAGCCUCGUGAACUCAGUGCUGGCAGAAGACGUCACCGCUAGAGAAAGCGUGCCAGCAUUCAGGGCGAGUAUCGUCGAUGGGUAUGCCGUGGUCGUGCCGGAGGACGGCAACCUGAAGGGCGUCUUUCCCGUUGCCGCAGUAUCACACGCUGCCCCCGGUGACGUGAAAACCCUCAAGGAAGGCGAAAUCGCAAGAAUAACCACAGGAGCCCCUCUGCCGCCGGGGGCCACUUCCGUCAUUAUGGUCGAAGAUACCGUCCUGAAGUCUAUGACCAAGGACGAGAAGGAGGAGAAGGAGGUGGAGAUCCUCGCUGACGGCGUCAAACCCGGCGAGAACAUCCGAGAGAUCGGCAGCGACAUCCAGGAGAACGACGUGAUCCUCAAAAAGGGAGAACAGAUCUCGGGCGUUGGCGGCGAAAUUGGCCUCCUUGCGGCUGUUGGCGUCGCCGAGGUCAAGACUUACAAGCGCCCCGUCGUCGGUAUCCUCUCCACGGGCGACGAGAUCAUCGAGCCGGACCGUCCUGGCGGUCUCCGCCUGGGCGAGGUCCGCGACACGAACCGCAUCACGCUCAUGUCUGCCGCGCGACACUGGGGAUUCGAUGUCAUCGAUCUCGGCAUCGCCCGUGACAAGGCCAAGUCGCUUGAGGAAAAUUUGCGCGAGGGCCUACGCCGCAGCGACCUCCUCAUCACCACAGGUGGUGUCUCGAUGGGCGAGCUCGACCUCCUGAAGCCGACCAUCGAGCGGUCUCUCGGCGGUACGAUCCACUUCGGCCGUGUAGCCAUGAAGCCCGGAAAGCCGACCACAUUCGCCACGGUCCCGGUCAAGACGACGCUCGGCGAUAGAGUCACCAAGACCAUCUUCUCGCUACCCGGAAACCCCGCGUCGGCCCUCGUCACCUUCCACCUCUUCGUCCUGCCGGCGCUGCACAAGCUCUCUGGCAUCGAGACCACAGGGUUGGCUAAGGUACCUGUGACCCUGGCCCACGAUUUUUCUCUUGACAAGGUGCGACCCGAGUACCACCGCGCGAUCGUCACGGUUGGAAAGGACGGGUCGCUAUCGGCGAGCAGCACCGGCGGCCAGAGGAGCUCAAAGGUUGGCAGCUUGAAGUCGGCAAACGCACUGCUUGCUUUGCCGACGGGCUCGGAGCCGUUGAAAAAGGGAAGCAAGGUUGAGGCCCUUCUGAUGGGAGAUAUCCGUGUGGAGCUUUGA